AUGCGAUGCACAAGGAACCCCAACAUCCUCCACCCUACCCCACUCCCACCAGGCACGGGCUGUGUGCCUCUGGAGCUCUUUCAGACUUGGCGUCUGCACCUGUUUGUUGGGCUGGGAUUCCCCUAUGAGGGUCCAGCUCCCCUGGAGGCCAUCGCAAAUGGCUGUGCUUUCCUGAACCCCAAGUUCAACCCUCCCAAGAGCAGCAAAAACACAGACUUCUUCAUUGGCAAGCCGACCCUGAGAGAGCUGACGUCUCAGCACCCGUACGCAGAAGUCUUCAUCGGCCGCCCACACGUCUGGACCGUGGAUCUCAGCAAUCGAGAAGAAGUAGAGGAUGCUGUGAAAGCCAUCUUAAACCAGAAGAUUGAGCCGUAUAUGCCGUAUGAGUUCACGUGUGAAGGGAUGCUUCAGAGAAUCAAUGCGUUCAUAGAAAAGCAGGACUUCUGCCAUGGCCAGGUGAUGUGGCCGCCCCUGAGCGCCUUGCAGGUGAAGCUGGCUGAGCCCGGGCAGUCCUGCAAGCAAGUGUGCCAGGAGAACCAGCUCAUCUGUGAGCCGUCCUUCUUCCAGCACCUCAACAAGGAAAAGGACUUGCUGAAGUAUAGGGUGACCUGCCAAAGCUCAGAACUGUAUAAGGACAUCCUGGUGCCAUCCUUCCAUCCCAAGAGCAAGCACUGUGUGUUCCAAGGGGAUCUCCUGCUCUUCAGUUGUGCCGGGGCCCACCCCACACACCAGAGGAUCUGCCCCUGCCGGGACUUCAUCAAGGGCCAAGUGGCCCUCUGCAAAGACUGCUUAUAGCAUAGCCACCCCGGUUCAUUCAGAUGGCAGAGGUGGCUCUGCUGGGCAGGGCCAGGGGGGCCAAAGUCAUUCAGGGACUCUGACCGGAGCCCAAACUCUUUGGUCCAGGGCUUGGAUUUGGUACUUCUCCAGCUUGCAGUCAGUGCAUCCCAGGAGUUUACACCAAAACCGCAAGAGAACAGAGGUCGGACCAGGGUCCUGGCUUCUCCCUGGUGCAACGAAUGUCCUCUCUGUCCCGGAAAGUGUCCAGGCAGCUGCUCCGGGGUUAUUAUUAUUAUUUUUUUU